AUGGCUUCUGGCGAUUUUUUGCGCCUGAUUGGCGUCCGCAAGACAGACGACCCAUGGGUCUUUGUCUCGGUCUCACUUCCAGGACGUGCAGGCAACCAGCAGCCGAUUGCGUACGGCGGCUGUGCUACUACGGUUGCCCUCAACGCCGCCGGGCAGACCAUCAAGCAGGAACCGCGCAUGGUGCCGUAUUCCAUGGUCGGCCACUUCCUUGGCCCCGCGGCGCUCGAUACGCCGUUCGUGUGCGAGGUGCGCCCGGUGCGCGACACGCGUACGUUUGCGACGCGCCACGUCACGGUCAACCAGGAUAUCAAGGGCAAACUGCGCCCGGUGCUUGCGCUGACGCUCGACAUGAUCGCGUCGCCGAACUCGACAAAGGAGGCGCUGGAGAAGGCCAAGGCGCGUGGGGCGGAUCCCGGCAAGGUCAAGUCGCUGCUGCGCUACCAGAUCCCCCCCUCGUUUACUCCGAAGAGCUUCAAGGAGCUAGAGAUGCCGGUCGAGUCGGUCAAACGCCGCGUCGCGUCGGGCGAGCUCAACGAGUUCCAAGCCGGCAUGUUUCAAGAGUUUCUCGGUCUCUGGCUCCGGAUGUUUGAGGACCGCGUGGUGCCGGAGAGUAUGAUGACGCAGAACCUGAUGGGUCUUCACCUGAAGCCCACUACGCAGGACGACCGUGCUGUGAGCGACCGUCGUGCGUACGACUGGUUCAAGCUGCGUCAGCAGCUCCCCCCCGCCGACGGCUCGACUGAGAUGACGGCUGGCGGCGACGAUGGCAUGCUCCCCAUGACGUCGGUUAUGGCGCAUCUCUGUGCGCUGGCCUUUGCGAUGGACGGUGCGAUUGCCUUUGCCCCCAUGUCGCUCAACAACGAGUCGUUGCUCAACGCCAGUAUCGCUUCGACGCUCGACUUUGCGCAGCGCUACCACACGGACAACAUCGACAUGAACAAGUUUUCCAUGCGUGAGAUCCAGACGUUGGCUGGUGGUUGGCAGCGCCAUUACACGGAAGCGCGCGCCUAUUCAGAUUCGGGCGAGCUGCUCGUGACGUGUACGCAGCAGUGUGUCCUGCGCCCUGCGCCCGGCGUGGUGUCUGAGGAAGACGAGACCCGGUCCAAGCUGUAG